AUGGCAUCCGUUAGUGGGCCUACUGAGCAGAGAAAUGAGGAGGAAAGGGAAGUUGUUCUAGAAGAACUUCCUGAGGAACUUAUCAGAUUUACGUCGUUAAUGGUGAAGACGUUUUAUGGAAAAGAACAUUACGUUAUUUUGAAUUAUGUGCAACGAAAUAAGUGCAUCAAAGAAGAUGACCUUAGGCAAUUAUUGAAGUUCGAUCAGCGUUUCUUAAGAACAAUUUUAAUGCAGCUAAAAGUUGAUAAAAUUCUGAAAGAACGGCUCGUAUCAGAAGAAGUCGAUGGUCGGACACGUAAGAUCAAUUACUAUUUCGUGAAUUAUAAGGCAUUGUUAAAUGUUGCAAAAUAUAAAAUUGAUCACAUGAGACAGCGUUUGGAAGUGAAAGAUAAGGAUGAGGUGCAUAAAGCGCUGUAUCGUUGUACUGGUUGCCAAUAUCAGUAUGAUGCCAUGGAAAUGGAUAAAAUUUUUGAUCCAAUAACACAAGAACUUCGAUGUUGGCGGUGCCAUAAAACUGUUGAACCGGAUGAAACUGCUGGUCCAUCAGAUGAGACGAGGUCGUCUCUGGCACAGUUUAAUGAACAAAUGACACCUUUUUACACAAUGUUGCAAAGCCUAUAUGGCAUACGUCUUGCUCGGCAUCUGCUGGAACCGCCAAUUAAAGCUGCAGAUAAUACAGUGAUGGAACCAGAAGCAAAACAAAUGGCAGCGAUUGGUGAACGAGCAUUAAACGAUGAGCCAGGCACAUCUCGAUCUACUAUGUACCAGAGUAGUAUAAUGGUUAGCAUAGUGGAUAGUGAAGCCCCAAAGAUUGAACAUAAAAAGCUUGUGCCUUGGCUUCAUAGUGAUGAGAAAAAUGAACCAGUCCAAGAUUCCUUUUCAAAUCUUUCGGAAAUACCCACAGAGCAUGAUCCCGUUCCAUUUGAACCUAGUACAAGUGAUAUUGACAGCUUGUUGUUCACUGAAUUCGAAGAUGCAAGUUUUAUUGCACUUAUUUUUCACGUUUUGUAUGUAAGGCCGGGGCCAUCAACUGCAAAAGAUUACCCUCUGGAAGAUACAUUUGGAUCUGCUAAUGCAGAAAGUGAUGACGAAGACAUUAUUUUUGUUGGUGGACAAAAGUAUUACUUGGACGAAGUCACUCCAUAUUUGGUGUCUCAGAUGACUGCUUUGGAAAAAGCAGCUUAUAUCCAAAGGUCGCAAGAAAAUUUCGAUUAUUGA